AUGGACCUCUCGGAACUUUCGGGACCCCUGGUUGAAUCUGGCACGAUUUAUAUCUCGGGCGAGACGUUGCUCACUAGUUCCAACGAAUUUCGAGCUCAAACUCUUGCUGAUAUGAAAGCCCAAAUCUAUGAAGUGCGCCGCACACUCAUCUCCAUGCAAUCCUCAAUCGAAGAGAUGGGGGUUCCAGACACCGACGCCAAAGUGGAGGUACACAGCUAUAUUCAGAUGCUGCAUGAAUACAAUGUACUCAAGGACAUUGCUUGGCUUCUAAUCGGCAUCAUAACAGAAAUUGAGGGCGUGCCAUUUGCGACCGUCUUGUCGCGAUUCCACGCGAUUGAAUCUGUUUCGGAACAAAGCUAG